AUGUACUGGGCAUCGUUGUUGGUCGCGAUUGCGACACUGUUCUUGGGACAAGACAUUGUCACGAUCGCACAACCAUGCGGUGAUGACACGACUUCAAUUAACGGAACUCCGUUUCCGCCAUUGAUCGAAGCAACCUUAGAGGAUCUUGUGCGAGGCUUGGAGACGAAGCUCUUCACUAGUGUCGACUUGGUCAAUGUCUACGUUGAUCGCAUUUUUGAAGUCAACUCCACGCUCCAUAUGGUGACCGAACUCAACCCAGAUGCAUUGGAGAUUGCCGCUGUGCUUGACGGGGAGAGAAAAUGUGGCAAGACAAGGGGUCCCCUUCACGGCAUUCCAAUCCUGAUCAAGAAUAAUAUUGCGACGGAUGAUAAAAUGAACAAUACCGCUGGAUCUUAUGCGCUGCUUGGCGCUAAAGUUCCGAAGGAUAGCACUAUGGCUGCCAAGCUGAGGAAAGCUGGCGCCAUUAUCUUGGGCAAGACCAAUUUGUCUCAAUGGGCGAACUACAGAAGCUUCAACACCAGUAACGGCUGGUCCGCCUACGGAGGACAGACGGAGGGAGCAUACUACCCCGGGCAGGACCCUUCGGGCUCUUCAUCGGGCAGUGGUGUCGCAGGCUCGCUAGGCCUUGCGCUUGGUACUCUCGGAACCGAAACAGAUGGCUCCAUCGUAUCCCCUUCUGAUGUGAACAACCUUGUUGGGAUUAAGCCAAGCGUCGGAUUGACCUCACGGUACCUAGUUGUUCCCAUCUCAGAGCACCAGGAUACUAUAGGCCCCAUGACCAGGAGUGUCAAGGAUGCCGCUUAUAUCCUUUCCGCCAUUGUCGGUCCAGACGCAGCCGAUAAUUAUACUUCAGCAAUCCCUUUCAAAACCAUGCCAAAGUAUGAAGAGGCUUGUGAUUUCUUUGCGCUGAGAGGAAAGCGCAUCGGUGUGCCACGAGCCCUCUUCAACAUCACAGGAUAUGAGUAUCUUCAACCGGUCAUAGACGCCUUUGACGCUGGUCUAGACGUCAUCCGCGGCGCCGGGGCUACCGUUGUCGACAAUGUGACACUCCCGGGCUAUGAAGUCCUUGCAACUGCUGGAUUUGAAACUAUUGUGCUUGAAGCCGACUUCGUGACAGAUGUUGCCAAAUAUUUUUCCGAAUUAAGCUACAAUCCACAUAAUAUCACAUCCCUUGCAGAACUCCAAACAUUCACACAAGAGUUUCCGCUUGAAGACUGGCCGGAGCGCGACACGCUCAUCUGGGAGUCUGCUCUGAACCUGACUUACGGCAACGAAGCCCCUGAAUUCUGGUCAAACUACUCAGCUGGACAGUACUAUGCCGGACCCCUAGGCAUCUUCGGCGCGCUCAAGAACUACUCGCUUGACGCGCUUGUCGUGCCAACCAUGUUCUCGUCUUACCUCCCGGCACUGCUGGGCGCUCCCAUCGUUACGGUGCCCCUGGGUCGGUUCCCGGAUGAUACGGAGGUGCUCCCGAACGGGUUCGGGAAUUUGAAUGCGACGGCGCCAAACAUACCGUUUGGCAUCGCGUUUCUGGGGGCCCGGUUCGACGAGUAUAACUUGAUUGGCUAUGCGUACGCCUUUGAGCAGCGGACGCUGGUAAGAAACACCAUUACGCCGUAUAUCCAGCCUACGACGGAGCUGGCAGACGUGGUUUCGAAAAGGAAAGUGAGGUCAAAACUUAUCUAG